GAUGGAGUGAGCGAGCUGGCCGGGGCGCCCCCGCAGGGCAACGCCCACGUGUGCCUCUUGAACACCGUCCGGGUUGUAUUGGCGCACGCGCAGGGGGGGGGGUCGUUCAAUGAGCUGCCUGGCGUUUUGUGGGGACAUCACCUGGCCAGUGCCAACGUGUCCACGGGGGCGACAAACCGGGAAUUCUGCAAGGCUGUCAUUGCAUUCGCGAGUUUAUCGCUGAGUCAUAUGGACGCCGAUGAUUUCAACGGAGAUUUACCCGGGCUUGGUGUACCAAGUGAUUUCAGCAUCCUGGCGGACCCCGUGUCCCUCGGCGUCGGCCCGCGGUCGCGCCACGACACCUUGUGCGUCAUCUGUUUGUGCCUCGCCUCGAGGUGGACGUGCCGCCUCUAUGCUCCGAUGCGCAGCGCGCCUGCGAUGCCCAUUGGCGCCCGCGGCGGCGAUGCUAUGGCGGCACUCCUGGAACGGAGCAUGGCGCAGCAUCCGGCGCAGUGGGG